AUGAAUUGUUCGAAUGCCGUGGAUAGUAGUGGGGUCGGAAUAGGAGAAGAAGCGAGACGGAUUGAAGAAGAGUUGAGUGAAGUGAGGGCAAGUAGAAAAGGAAGAGAAAGUCUAGUAGUUAGUACUGCUGGUGGUCAUGGUGAUGAUGAAGUAAAUGGUGUCAGUAGUAGCGGUUACAUAAGUGCCAUUGUUCUCUGUCGAACGAAAGCAAGUGUCAGUGUCAAUGUUAAAAAUGGUAGUAGAAGAGGGCUGGAACUAAAGCGAGAUCAGCAGUCACCAUUUCCAUCUAAUGCAUCUCAGAAAUUCACGUUGCAAGUAGCACAAACUGCAUUGGGUGGUAAUGUUACUUCUGUUCCUCCACCGAUCGUAACUUCUCCAUCAGCACCACCACAAUCCUUUCGGAAUGAAACAGUUGUGGAGGUAGUACCACGACCAUCCACGUCAGCCCCGCCUGUAUCAAAUUCUACUUCAUCGGAAGAAAUUGAAAAAAGUGCUCCACCUGUAUUGUCCACUAUGGUUGGAAAAGCUCCCGCCACCGAACAAACAAAAAACAUGGAGCAAGAUGAUACUAUAACAGCUAAAGUUGAAGAAUCCGAUGAAGAAGUAGAGAAAAAUACUGAACAAAAAGAGGGAUCUCAAGAAAGUACUAGAGAGCAGGCUUUUUUAGUAGUGAAGAGCGAUGUGGAUCGAGAUAUAAAAACCACAAACAUCUCGGAUGACCCAUCGCUCGAUCAGCAAGAUAAGCAGUCUGAAUUAUCGCGAUCACUACCUAAGCUGUUCGAUGAUGAGAAUGACUAUUUGACUAUUUUCAGAACAUUUUCUGUCGUAGAAAUGGUUCCAGAAGAAGAGGUUGAGAAUGAAGAAAAGUGUCCAGAGGUGGAAGAAAGCUCAGAAACCGUGCGAACAAAAAAAGUGAAAGAGUACGCUGCAAAGCAAAAGGAAUUGUUGCAGGAUACGAACUGUGUUAGGUUGGAUGAACAGGUAUAUGGACAUGAUUAUUUGUUGCUCAUACGAGAUGUUGUCAAAGAUCUUUUUCUUGAAUCAGUUUUACCCGUGAAAGCUUCUGAUUUAAAAGAUCUCGGCAUUGACAUUGCUUCUGCACCUGCCAAUGGUACAAUUACAGACCGUCAGCGUCGUUUUGAUGGUGCAGCAGGUCCUGGUGCUAGAUUUAUACCUGGUUGGGUUGACAAAAGUCAGUCAAAACCAAAAGCGUAUCAUGGAAGACUCAGUGAUCGAACACAUUCAAAUCAACGUGUUGAUAGGGAUCGUAAAAGAUCAACAGUGAGUCGACCAUCCAUUGAUCGGCCUAAUCGUGAACCAGUGAAAUUGCACAGAGCUGCAAAUGCAUGGAGGCCUGAAAGGAAUCUUGAUGCUAAUAAGAAGUUGUAUAAAGAAGUGCGCAGCUUACUAAACAAACUGACACCGUCGACAUUUGAAGAAUUGUCGGGUGAUUUUCUGAGAUUUGAAGUUCAUAAGAACGUGCAACAAAUGGGUGAAGUAAUUAACAUUAUCUUCGAUAAAGCUGUCGAAGAACCAAACUUCUGUGCCCUUUAUAGAAAUAUGAGACUUUGGGUUUUUUGUCAAUUUGAUUUAUUGGAUUUGGCUCGUUUAAGUGAUUUGUGCAAAAUGCAAGUCGUCAAAGAAUCAAACGGUGCCAAAGAUAAAUCGAAUUUUCGGAGUGCUCUAUUAACUCGAUGUCAAAAUACAUUUGAAGAGAAACGAAUGUUUGAUAUUGCUAUGAAGAAAAGUCAGUUGGAUGUAGAAACUGAUGAGAAAAAAAAACGAGAACUUAAAAUAGAAGUGAUGGAACUGGAAGCGCGGGAAAGACGGAGAAUGCUUGGCAAUAUAGGAUUUAUUGGACAGCUCUACAGGCAUGAAUUGAUAGUCCCACGAAUUUUGAAUUGGUGUAUAGUUCAUCUGCUCAAAAAUCAUAGCGAGUCACCGAAUGGUGAUGAGGAAAGCAUUGAGUGUGCGGUGAAAAUGUUAGAAGCAGUUGGCAAGUUGGCUGAUCGCCAUUAUCAGCAACAGCAAGCGUUGAUUGCUGGAGGAUUACUGGAUCCACUGGAAGUACAGAAGGAUGAAUUUAACACGAGUCUUUAUCUUGAUCACUUGAAGGAGAUUUCUAAUCAAGUGUCAAAUCGUGUUCGCUUUUUGAUUCUAAAUCUUAUUGAACUUAAAAAUAACAAUUGGGUGCCAAGAACAUCUGUAAGUGGGCCAAAAACUCUUGAUGAGGUUCAUGAUGAGGCUCGAAGAGAGGAAAUGGCUAAUAGGUUACAACGAGAACAAUACACCAACAAAAAACGUUAUGAGGGCCGAGCUUCAUUAGACAAACGCAAUCAAAAGCCUGUAUUGAUUGGGAGGCAGUCGCAGGAUGGUCGCCAGUAUGGUGUGAGGGGUAGUGAUUCCAGUCGUGAUCAAAAAGCCAGAGCAGCUGGAGCAGCUAGUCUUGUUGCUAACACUGCUAGUAGAAAGAAUCAAACAUUGAAUAGUGUCGACCAGCCACAAUUACUUGGUGCUCGGCGACCGCUGUUUGCGGGUGGUGCUAUAGGUGGAGGGCAGCAGACAGAUAGAAAUAUCUUACCUCGUGUUCCUGGCCGAGGAGUAAGUCGUGGCCCUGUAGCAUCUAGAGAUAAUUCUGAGCCUUCUAGCAGAGAGCCUUCAGAGUCGAGAAAACAGUCCAGAGAUGGUGAUCGCAUUUCGGCAGUUGCAUCCAAUACUAUACCGCAUAGUGCAAGCGCAGGCACAUUCGUUCGAGGGUAUACGGGUGCAACACCAAGUGGAUCAUCACCGACAGAGGAUGAAAAAGAGAACAAUCAAGUGGAAAGAGGAGGCGAGUUUGACGAAAAGAAGAUGCUUGCGCUGUUGCAAACAGAAAUACAUGAGUACUGCAAUAAUCUUAUCACCAUUGAUCAGAUAUUUGAAUCAAUAAUUGAAGCAGUAACUGUGGAAGGUACUGAGGAUAUUAUUAAAUAUCGUGUUCAACAAGCAUUUCGACUUCUGGUAAAAAUAGGUGCGGAAAAAAUCAGCGGUGAAAUUCGAAAUUCACGUAGGCGCUUCGUUGGGCAAGUAAUCUGCAGAUGCUUACAACGAGCCGAUAUAAAAAGCAUUGGACUUCAAGGAGUGGCUGACUAUUGCAUGGAAGUAGUAGAGAUGGAAUUAUGGGAAGAUAAUAUGCUGAUAUGGGAUUUGGUUGCUGAAGUAAUAAGUUGGUCAAUAAUGUGUGAAGUACAACAUUUUGAAGGUCCUCGACCUUCGCUCGGUGACUUCAGAGAAGCAUUCAAAAAUGCUGAUGCAGAUUCAAGGAAACCUAAUAUUCUCCUUGUAAAUGUCCUUAAGCGACUUGUGGAGAUAGAGCAUGAACGUGAUGGACAGGUUUCAUCAGCAGGAAUGGCAUUUGACGAAAUUAAGGAUUUGCAUUCAGAUUCACUGGUGAAUGACCUCAAGUCCUGUCAGUUACCGCUCGGCAAAAAUCUUUACCAGUUAUUGCUCAAUUAA